UCAGCUGACGGCAGCAGCCAGAUGAUGAUGGCAGACCCUGGAAGUAACGAAGAAGUAGCUGUGAUCGGUAACACCGACAUCACCUCAACGGAAUUAGAGAAUAACAUCAUAAACACGAUGGUGGAAAGAGGAACAGCUCUGUUGAGAAAAAUGGAGAUAAAUGUGGCAGAGGCUGAGAAGAGAACAGGGAAGAACACCGUAAACAUACAGGAAACCUAUACUGUCUACCUCAUAGAAACACGGCCAGCUGAAGCCGUCCCAGAUGGAGGUACGCCAGCCACACCUGACACUUUGUGGAGACGCUACAGUGAGUUUGAGCUGCUCAGAACAUACCUCCUGAUCACCUACCCCUACAUCAUAAUCCCUCCACUACCAGAGAAAAGGGCAGAGUUUCAGUGGCACAAGCUGUCAGCAGACAACCUUGACCCAGACUUUGUCGAGCGACGGAGAGUCGGCCUGGAAAACUUCCUGUUGCGUGUUGCAUCACACCCUGUCCUUUCCAAUGACAAGAUCUUCUUCCUCUUUCUUACAGAGGAGAAGGGAUGGAGGGAGGCGGUUUUGGAGACUGGUUUCCAAGACAAGGUUGACUCCAGACUAAAGUCCCUGAAUGCCAUGUUCAGAGUCAAGAACCCUGACAAGCGAUUCACAGCGCUGAAACAGUACAGUGAUGAACUGAACAAUGUCAUCUCUCAACUUCUCAGGGUGCGAGCGAGAGUGGCAGACAGGCUGUAUGGAGUUUAUAAGGUCCACGGUAACUAUGGGAGAGUCUUCAGUGAGUGGAGUGCUAUAGAGAAAGAGAUGGGAGAUGGACUACAGAGUGCUGGCCACCACAUGGACACAUAUGCUGCAUCAAUAGAUGACAUUCUGGAGGAGGAAGAGCACUAUGCAGAUCAACUGAAAGAAUACCUCUUUUACACUGAGGCUGUCCGGUCAGUAUGUAGGAAACAUGAGUUGAUCCAGUAUGAGUUGGAAAUCGCAGCUCAGGACCUUGCAUAUAAGAAACAGCAGAAAGAAGAGCUGGUGACCGGGACGGUGCGUGUUUUUUCGCUGAAGGGGAUGACCAGUAAAUUAUUUGGCCAGGAGAGUCCCGAGCAAAGGGAGAGCAGGAUGGCAGCCCUGGAGCAGAGUAUCCAGGAAGGGGAGGAAAUGGUCAAGGAUAAGAACAAAGAAUGCCAAGAGUUUGUGCGAACAGCCUGGGAAGACAUUGAACGUUUUAAGGAGCAAAAGGACAAAGAUUUGCGCGAAGCACUAAUCAGCUAUGCCAUUAUGCAGAUCAGCAUGUGUAAGAAGGGAAUCCAGGUGUGGUCCAAUGCCAAGGAGUGUUUCAACAAAAUGUGAGCCACUGUCCAGCCAAUCGCUCUCUGCACCAAAAGUCAGUCAGAUUGUUCAGACUGGGAGCAUCAUUCAAUCGUUAUGGAGAUGGACCAUGGGAUCACAAAUACUGCCUUCACUUUGUUUGCUACCCUAAAUCGAUGCUACUAAGAAUGAUUGUCUGUCUCACUCUCUCUCUUUCUCUCACAAACAAACAGACGCACUCACUUUUUUGUGAAAAGUCGGAAACAUUUAGUGGAUCCUUCCCUUUUAAAGCCAAGUGUCUUAACAGUACCACUGUCUCUGCUUUCUGCUGACAUUACCUUUUAUACCGCAGAUAAUCCAAUUCCUAAAUGCCUUUUUCUUCCUCAGUUGCACAGCUGACAGCAUGUCCGAGAGGAGUUAUUUGAAAAAAUCAUGCAGUAAUAAUGUACGAUAGUUACAUGCUGGGAGUAGCUGUGUGGUGUAUUUUGCUUUUCUUAUCUCUCACCCUGAAAAUAAGGAAUUUACACCAGAGUGCUACUUAAUAUUAAGUGUUGAGAAGCUGCACAUUUCAGGCAGUGGUUCGAUUGACUCAUUUUAGAGUCAAACUGUCUUUGAUAAAUUGAGACAAACUGUGGUAUGUGCUUUUCUUUUACUUUUAGAGAUUCUUCAAGGACUCUACUUCUAGGUACACAGUAAAUUAACUGCACUUAGAUAUGUGAUAAUACCAACACCAAGCAUACAUUCUGAUAUGACACCAAUGAUCGGCAAUCUGCCAAAGUGUUUAAUUUGCUUCGAUAAUUGGUCUGCCGCCAAUGUGUCUGCGAAGAAUAAAGGUUGAAGAGUUUGGGUAGUGUAGCCAUGUUGGUUACAGCAUAGUUUUUUUCUUCUUGUACUCCUUAAUGGAGGCUUUUUGGAUGACUGGACCAAACAAACAGGGCACUCACACAAACUACCUGAUAUAAGUUAUUAAGACACACUGGUUUUGUUGGGGGGGAUGGGGGGUUAUACCCACCCUGCUCAGUGUCAGUGUGACUCCCCCCAUUCUGGCAUUAAGUAACUGCACUAAAUAAUAGACCUGAGUUCCCAGCAUGCCUUCAAGUCAAAUAUCAACCCAAAUACUGGAGACCUUUAAUUACAUACUGUAUUAUGUUGUAUCUUCACAAUCUGCUUUCUUCAUGGUAACUAUUUAAGCGGCACACGGAUCUGACAUCUGGAAGUUGUGCAGAUUAUUUCCAUUCAACAAAUCUUAAAAAUCUUUUCAGAAUAACCAUUAUCAAUUUAUUUGGAAAAAAAACGCCUAAAUUGAGGCUUUAUGUAUGUUUUUAUAAUAAAUGUGUUAAAUGGGAUAUUGUUUUUUGUUGUUGUUUCUGUAAUCAUUGUGCAAAGACACUAAUAAACAUGUUUCUUUUUAAA